AUGCUGUGGAAUUCUCGGCUCCCCUGGCUAGGCCUGGGUGUGAGCCUGAUUCAGCUCACUGCCACCGUACAAGCAGAAGCUGCCUCGGUAGAUCGCUCACAGUAUGUGAAUGCCUUCAUAGGCUCCGAAGGGCCGGACGGUACAGGAUUCGGAGGAGGUGAUAUUUUUGUCGGAGGUGCACGUCCAUUCGGAGUUGUUAAGGUUGGAAUUGACUCGACGGCUGCGAAUUGGUCUACGGCCGUGCUUAAUGGUGGAUGGACGCCGGAUGGAAAUGUUACGGGUAUUAGUAUGAUGCAUGAGAGUGGGACUGGUGGUGCACCGAAGUAUGGGUUGAUUGCUCAGAUGCCUUUGACUUCUGUUCACUCCCCGGUUAAUAUACUUGAUAAUCAGACUUAUAGUCAGCCCAGAGUUGGCGAUGAUGUUGCGAGUGUGGGGUAUUAUAAGACUCAGUUGAAGAGUGGUGUUACUGUUGAGCUUUCUGCGUCGCGUCAUGCUGGUAUCAUGGAUUAUUCGUUCCCUGCUGGUGAGAAGCAUGUUCUUAUCGAUGUUUCUCAUUAUCUCCCCGGAUCGCCUGGUGAUUCAGGAAGCCAGUUCUAUGUCGCUGGAGAGAUCCAAAUCGAGGACGAUGGAAAAGCUUACAGUGGAUAUGGCACGUACAUCGGCGGAUGGAACAACGGCGCACCUUUUACGGUUUUCUUUUAUGGAGAAUUCUCCCAAGCCCCAAACCAGGCCCAGACAUUCAGCGGUGUCAACACAGACCCUAUCCCCAAGUACCAGAAUCUAGCAGAUGGAGGCAUCAGUCACCCUACUUACGGCAACAAGACAAACAAGGUCACAUCGGGCCCAAUGAACCGCCGCCUCGGUGCACUUAUGAGCUGGAACUCCGGAUCUGCUUCUCAUGUUGUCUCGCGCGUGGGAAUUUCUUCCAUCUCAACGGAAAGAGCUCGCUCUUAUGUUGAGAAGGAGAUUCCAUCUUGGAAGUUGAAUGAUACUGUGACCGACGCAGUUAAGGAGUGGAACACAGAUGUCUUCAACAAGGUCCAGGUAGCGCUAGACGACUCGGCAAAUAUGACCCAUGUUAGGUUGCUAUAUAGCUCCUUGUACUUCAUUCACUUGAUGCCAUCUGAUCGCUCCGGCGAGAAUCCACUGUGGGAGUCGGAGGAGCCUUACUGGGAUGAUUUCUACACUAUGUGGGAUAUUUUCCGUUGUACUGUCAGCUUCUACCAUAUUUUCCAACCAGAGUACUACGAGUCUAUGAUCCGUUCUCUAAUUGACAUUUGGAGACACACGGGGUAUAUGCCAGAUGGACGAUCCGGAAACUGGAACGGCCUUGUCCAGGGUGGCUCGGAUUCCGAUAACGUCUUAGCCGAUGCAUACGUUAAGGGACUUCGAGGAGCCAUUAACUGGACAGAUGGAUACGCGGCAAUGGUCAAAGAUGCCGAAGUGACCCCUUAUAAUACCUUCGACCCUACAGAUUUCACUGCAAGCACCAAGGAGGGUCGGGGUGCCUUAGACGACUGGAAAGAGCUCGGUUACGUCUCUGAGGACCGCAACACACGCUGCAUUUCUCGAACUGUAGAGUACAGUCUCAACGACUUUGCUCUGAGUCAAGUUGCGAAAGGCGAAGCACCGGGUGAUGUACAGAAAUAUCUGAACCGAUCGGCUGGAUGGCAAAACAUUUGGGAUUCAAACGUGAAGAGCUUGAACUUUACUGGCUUCUUGGCUCCUAGGCUUUCGGAUGGAACUUUCAAUACUUCGGAUUAUGACCCGCGACUAUGCUUUGAUUGCGAGUGGAGCUCGUAUACAUAUGAGGGAGUUCCAUGGGAGUACUCAUUCGUGGUGCCACAUGAUGUUAAGACAUUAAUAAAGCAUAUGGGAGGAGCGGACGGAUUUGAGUCACGUCUUGACACGAUGUUUAAACCAAACAUGUCCAUUCAGAACCUCGGUGCGAACGGUGCUGGUAUCACCACAUUAAUGAACAUUGGAAACGAGCCCGAUUUCGCCACGCCUUAUUUGUACAACUAUAUCAACAAACAGCACAAGAGUGUCGCACAGUCUCGCAGUCUCGCCAAUGAAUACUUCAAGGAUGCCGCUUAUGGUAUUCCUGGUAACAGUGACGCGGGGGCCAUGAAUUCGUGGCUUCUAUGGCAGAUGCUAGGAAUCUAUCCAAUUGUCACGCAACCAGUAUACUUGAUUUCAUCGCCAUGGUUUCCUGAUAUGAACAUGACAAUCAAUGGAAACAACACACUGCGCAUUUCAGCCACUGGGCUGGAUGAUGGAUAUUUCGUGCAAAGCGUGAAGAUCAAUGGUAAGCAGUGGACUAAAAACUGGUUUGAGCAUGACGAUGUCAUGACCAAUGGGGGAACCAUAGAGUUUGAACUUGGUAAGGAUGCGAAAGGCUGGGAAAGCGGGGAUGUACCUCCGUCCCCUGGCCAUGUGGAGUUGAAUUAA